GUGGAAACCAUCUAUUCGUGGACUUCGGUCGGAUUCGUACCCAGGUUCCAGAUGGUUUACAAGAAAAUCAUCCGUCAUGCGCAGAAGGUCACUCAAAAUCGAAAGUAAAAUGGCGGACGGAAAUGUGAGUCUUUCGAAUUUGCUCCAAAAAACGCAAGAAUUGAUAACGCUGGGAACAUCACAAGCAAUCGUUCUUCAGAAAAAGUAUCGAAGAUUUGUUCUACACAAUCCAGAGACCAUUUCGAAGAUCGAGUCUGUUUUGCGUGCGCUGUCGUACAUUCUUUCCGGACGGUUUGGAGCUUCAGAAGCAUUGUCGGAGCUCGUGUUUUCAGCCUCACAGCUUCUUACUCUGUUAAACGAUGGGAUAUUUCGUGAAGGGAAAAGCAAGGUUACCUGUGAUGUGACUUGUGUUAAACGACACCGCAUCUUGUUAUGGUUGACUGUGGUUGAAUAUUUAGAAGUGUUUAUUGAGUUGGGUGCAAGCCGCUUGUGGGGAGAAGCAGGCAAAUGGAUCAUUGUCGUCAUUUUGCAGAUCGCAAAGGCAGCUUUGAGAUUCGUCCUGCUCUUCAAAUAUAAAUCGGGCGUUCAGAGGACGCCUCUCAUUCCUCCCCUUGACCGAUCUAACCUCUUGAAGCGAGAGGAAGCAGUUGACGAAGAUGCAACAAAUGCCGGAAGUGGGGAAGAGCUAGAAGAAGCACAGCCCGAAGAAGAAGACGAACAAACCGACGCUGUUCCCGCGGGGUCAGUUUGGAGAGGUGCUCGAUCAGGAAGACUUGUAAGGUCCCUAAGUGCUACAUCGAGUGGCUCCUCGCGUUCUUGGAAGCUCCCAAAGGAAACUUCUGAAUCAAAAAGAGUAUUUCAACCAACAGAUCUGUCCAACAGAAGACUGUUCGCAGAAAGUCUGUACAUCUGCAGACCUCUGAUCCACAUCACAAGUAUGUUUGUGUUUGGACAAGCUUCAUGGAAACCUUGGUUGCUUUCUUGCGGAGUUGAUGUGACAUCAUUAGCAGCUAUGGGUGACUCAAGCGACUUCAGUGAAGAGGAAAGAUCAGAGUUGUCAAGAAGAACACUUCUUCUUCUGUUUUAUCUUUUGAGGUCUCCAUUUUAUGAUACCUACUCAAAAACAAGGAUUCUUGGUUUCCUGAAGUUCAUGAGUGACACUGUUCCAGGAUUAUCUUUUGCACUCAAUCCAUUGUUAGACUACCUUCCAACAUGGCAGAAGAUUUAUUUCUACAACUGGAGUUCCUAGAAUUCUUAAGAGGUUUGACUUGGAGAUGGAGCAAAGGCAAGUUUGCAUGUACAUUUUCCAACUAUUAUGUAUGACUGGGCCCAAAUUUGUUGAGAAAAUGACUUUGUGGUUAAACAUUGGCCUGAUUUAUAAUAAUCUGUUAAAGUAAUGUUUAUGUUUUUAGUACUACUAAGGCAAAGAAAGGUCAGCCAAUUGAUUGGAAUGACAAAUUGUAUCAUGUUAAUCUACAUGUACCGUAAACCAUUGUGAUGUAGAUCACAGCAUUUUAACUGUAUACUGCUACCCUCACUAGACAAUGAGGUUAAGUGUUUACCUGUCACAGUGGAAGCCUGUUAAUCUGGUCACCAAUGGGCCACAAAAAUUUGGCCAUAUUAACAGGGUGGCUGUAUUAAGGGUUUCUUGAAAUAUGAAAAUGACUGACUGAGCUUUUGCUCUGACUGGAAUAAAGUGGCCAUAACAAUGAGGUGGUCGUAUUGAUGAGGUGGCCGUAAGACGGGGUUCCACUGUAUCCACCAAGAACUGGUUGGUUUUCAACAGCUCUGAUUGGUGCAUUUAGAUCCUCUCUGUUUCAGUGAGUCGUUUCCUCAACAAGGGAACCACAAUUAGCUUCUUAAUUCGUGGAAAAACAUGCUAAUGAUUAAAUGGAAGAACAGAGAAACUGAAGCAGUAAUAUUUUUAUGCUCUAUGUUAGUUAUAAGAAUUAGAAACAGAUUAGUAUAUUUUAAUCAAGAAUUGCUUGGCUGAUACAUGUAUAUGAUUACAGAUGAAUUUUCUUAAGAAUAAGUAUGUUGCUGACUUCUUAGUUCAAGUGACUGCCUGGCUUGGGAUUCAGUGAAGAAAUAAUUUAAUUCUUGAAUCAUGGAUAAGACAGAAGUUGUGUUUAGUUUUCGAAAUAGAUGCAGUGGCCUGACCAGGUACAUGUACAUGUGCUAGCUGGGUCACUGUUCAAGAUUAUGUGUUCUUCAGCAUACAACUUCACACUUGCAAUGCUACUCUCCAUGCAGAAGCAGAAAUGGGUACCAGCAAACUUUUACGGCAAACUAACAAAAUGCUGAGGUUUCUCAUCCAGGGGGAGUAUCAUCUCUCCCAGGCACUUUAUGCUAUGGAUUACCUUCACUUUUCCAAGCAGUACUCUGAAAUAAUACGAUCCAGAUGAGCCUUGCUUUGAUGGAAUAUGCCCUGAGAAUGUCUACAUGUACAUGUAUUGGAAAUUAAUCAAGUGAGCUGUAAUUCUGAUAAAUACGGGAAUACCUUCUGAAAGAUUCUUUCAGAGCCCAGUGGCAAGAGAAAGUGGUGUUUACUGACUGUCCAGGAGUACUCUGCCUGGAUGGGGUACUGGUCUACUCUAAGGAAUUUCCCAACUUGGGUUCAUUAGCUACUCUUAAAUCAAGGACAGAAAGGACCUUUAAAUUGAUACAGUAAAUUAUUGAGCUUUAUUGUUUAAUACAACUCAGAAGCUGCCAUGUAAAUUAACAACAUUCAUAGGAAGUUAUAAAUAGAGCACUUGUUUAUGCAGCUAAUUAUAAUGUGAUUGCUUUUAAAACUUAGUCAUUAUGGUGGCUUUUGUGUUAAAUAUCUGUUGUAUUGAAUAGUCAACUGCUACAUAUAAACACACACCUUCAAUUAGUGGACUCUCAGUUAUGCUCCUGGCCACAGGAAUUAAAGGAGUCUGAGCUGAGCUUUUAGUAGUCUUUGGCGUGUCCGCUUAUUGCAGGUUUUGUGCAACAAA